UUUUUCAUCGCAUCGGUGGCAGUCACACUAAAAGUUGUUAUACAAAAUAAAUAGUAUUUUUUAACACAAUAUGAGCCUUGAACAACAAUCAGCCGUGGAUCCUCACAAUCCCCAUGGAUUGGGCGAUCCAAAUGAUACCAGGUUGCGCAAGGUGGAGCGCGAAGUACUGAUACCCAAGAUAAUGCGCGAUCGUGCCAAGACGGAGUUCUGCUCAAAGGAGGUGGCCGACUUCCAGGAGUGCUGCAAGGCCAGCAGUAUACUGAUGGUGGCCACCUGCCGGAAGCAGAACUCAGCCCUGAAGGAAUGCCUCACCCAGUGGUAUCAGAACGAUGCCUUCAAGGAGGAGUGCAAGCAGAUAUAUCUACAGGAGCGCGCCGACUAUCGCAGCACUGGCAUACCCAAGAAGCACCGGCUGGAGAAGUUGUAGAGUCCCUAAGUAGUUCCUUAUUGUUGUUUGCUUUGUACAAAAGUUAAGUAAUUAAAACGCCGCACAAUAGUCUCUGUUACUGUGGCUUCCUUCAA